AUGAACGAUGUAUUAGACUCUUUUGGUAACUGUAAACUUGGUGUUACGAUAGAGAGUAAGCCCAAUGAAGAAUUGGACAAGUACAUAGACAUAAAGGUCAUCGGAAAAGGGUCUUUUGGAAGUUGUAAGCUCGUCAAGAGAAAAGUAGACGGUAUGGCACUAGUAAUGAAACAAAUCAAUGUAUUGGAUAUGUCUCCAAGAGAAAGAGAAGAUGCAAUGAAUGAAGUAAACGUAUUAGCAAUGUUAGAUCAUGAAAAUAUUAUAGCAUAUUAUGAUAGUUUUAUUGUAAAUGGUACACUUCAUAUAUUGAUGGAAUAUGCGAAUGCAGGUGAUAUUCAUAGAGAGAUUAAAGAAAGAACAAUCAAGAAACAACAUUUUACAGAGGCUGAGAUAUUGAGGUUCUUUUCCCAACUCUGUUUGGCGGUACAAUUCCUUCAUCAAAAAAAUAUUCUACACAGAGAUUUGAAAACACAAAAUAUAUUUCUAUCGAUUGUCAAUGGUAAAAGUAGGGUCAAGUUGGGAGACAUGGGUAUUGCAAAGAUACUUAGUGCUGAUACUCAGUUUGCUAGAACCGUUAUUGGAACACCUUACUAUUUAUCACCUGAAGUUUGUCAAGAUAUAGGAUAUGAUACAAAAUCUGAUGUGUGGAGUCUUGGUUGUUGUUUAUAUGAAUUGGCAACUUUAAAACAUGCAUUUGAUGCUGGUUCAUUACCUGCACUUGUACUCAAGAUUCUAAAAGGAAAUUAUCCUCCCAUUGCUUCAUUUUAUAGCAAUGAUCUACGACAACUUGUAUCAUCGAUGCUUCAAACUGAUCCAAGAGACAGACCCUCUAUUGAUGAAAUUAUCGAAUUACCAUUCAUCCAACAAUAUCUCAAUGACUAUAACCAUAAUACCGCCGACAUGUCCAACCAAACAGCACAAAAAUCACCAAUUUCCAACAACAUACCAAUGUCAAUGAUGAUGUCAAAGUCACCACCUGCAAUGUCAUCACCAAUUUCAAGCUCAAAAACACCAGUGAAAACGACUACAACUAGUAGUAGUAGUAGUAGUGGUAGAACUGCAAUGUCUGCACCUACAACACCCAUCAACAAAAAAACACCAUCAAAAGUUAAUCCAACUACACCUACUAGAUCCGCAUCUUCAUCUUCCAUAUCGUCAUCAACGUCCUCCUCCUCAUCAUCAUCAUCAUCAUCUGGAUUUGUCAGAAAACCACCAGUUCCAAAGCCAUCAACUCCUUUGGCAAAACCAACCAGAUCUGCUCCUCUUGUCAAACCGACGAGCAGUAUUGCAAACAAAAAUAGUAGACCUUUGGUAAAGCAAUCGUCAUCCCCUUCAUUAAAAUCAUCAUCUGUUACAAGUACACAACAACAAUCUACAAGUACUGCAGCAUCGAUAACCACAACGCCAUUGUACACACCUCCAGCUAGACCAGCUGUAAAUAUUACCUCUUCUUCCAGAUCUUCUUCAUCUAGACAUUCUAUUGGUGGAACUACUAAAUCAUCAAGUACUAAUAUGACUACGACUACAACCACAACCACUACGAUCCAAAGUCAACCAGUUAAAUCUAUAGGACAACCAUCAAUUGGAAUGCCCCCACCAACAAACACGAUAUCAUCAUCAUCAUCUUCGAAUAAUUUAUCGUCAUCUCAAAAAUCAAAUCAAUUACCAAGAAGAUUAUCAACAUCAAACAUUAUAACACCUCCACCAUCACCAACCACUAGACCCACUACGCCAUCAGGUAAUACAAGAUCCGUAACACCUACUCCAACUUGCAAUAAUACAAACGUUGUUCCAAGACCACCAAGUAGUUCUAGUACUGCAAGACCAUCUAUUACUUCAUCAAGUAGUUCUGUUGUCACCAAAUCAACUUCAACUACCUCUUCUUCUUCUUCGACCAAUACACUUUCACAUUCAUCUUCUUUGGUCAUGCCAAAUAAUAGUUAUUCAAUUCCUCAAUCGUCAGUUGUAAUUAAUAGCAAAAGACCAUCGAUACGAGCAUCGAUUGAAACUUCCAAAUCAACGGUAACAGUAAACACUAAACCCACGCAGCCACCCUCUCCAACCUCUACAUCCUCCUCCUCUUCUGUUCAACAACAACCACUUUCGAGAGAAUCAUCACAAGAAUUCUCAAAACCCUUGGUCACUCUUGAAGUUGGAGAGGAAUCUGAUUCAAAAUCAUCAAGAGAUAAAAAAUUAUUAAGUAGAACAAAUGCACUUAGACAUUUUUGUAAUAGUAUUUUUGGAGAAGAAUUAUUUGGUAACAUUUAUAAACUAUUAAAGACCAUAAAUGGUACUUCAUUGGACGAAGACGAUGAAAAUGUUCAACAACAAUUAGAAACAAUUCUUGGUGACAAAAUUUAUUACUUGAAAUAUCUUCAACAAUUAAUGUACUGUGAAAGUCAACUUGUUUCGAUACUACCACAGAGACAAGAAUCAGUGUAG